UUUUCAACGAACUAACCCUUUUCUUUUGUCUUUUGCAGUCAAGUUCCCGAAGAAGCCACUUUCCCAUACCUUUGCGGAGCAAUUCGUAAAGAUUUGCAAUCGCAGCGACCUCUCGUGGGAAUUGUUCACCUGCGAACGCAUCCGGAGUUCGUGUGCCCGAAUUUACUCGCGGUCCGACCUCAUUUCUUCCACCCCUCCCACCUCCCCUGCUGUUGCCACUAACAUGUCUCCACUUUCCUAUCGCGAAGAGAAGAGGCUCCAGAAGGAAAGGGAAAAGGCGAGAGAAGCGAGAGAGAAAGAAGAUAAGGCCAGGAUGGUGAAGGCCUUAGAUGACGGGAAAUCCAGAUCUUCAUCUGGUAACGGGAAGAGUUCGGGUACCGUAGAUCCGGUUUCCGAGUCGAAGACCUCUGAUCAUCGUGAUCAAAAGAAGGUGUCUUCAGGAAAAGACAUAAUCCGGAUCUCGGAUUCUCGCUCCUCCCGAUCUUCUCGGGAAAAAGAAAUUUCUGAAGGAGGCCAUAGUGCAACCUCCUCAAGGAAACGCAGGAACGAGGAAUCUGAAGUUCCUUCCCUUCAACGCAAGAGUCGUUCUCGUCUGAACGACGAGAAAAAUCCUUCCGAGGACGCUGGAACCAGGCUGGGGUCAAAACCAGAAGAAAGAGAAGAUUCACAACGGGCCCCGGAGUCCGACCUGCCAACUCCGCUUCUUGUCCUGCCUUCGCGGGAUUCUGAGAACCGGGGAUCCGUCCGUCAGGAGAUUCCGAUCCCUACUGCUCCUCCGAAGUCACCAGCUGAUUUCAUGAGGAACUUUACUCCUGUUGGGAUGAGGAUUCCUCCCUUUAGUGACUUAAAGGAGGUCAACAGAGCGAACUACUUUCGCUUCGCUGAUAAACUCGGAGAGGUAAUACUUUGAACUUUUCUCCUUAUAUAAAAAUAAGAACUUUUCUUUGUGUC